AUUAUUAUCUGGGCGACGCAUCGAGGCAGGAACACAACUACAACACGUACCUCUCUUUCUUUUAUUUUAUGACGAUAUUUGUUGUUUAUCUCAGUUGAAUUAUGUGGACUCAAUAUUCAAUGUUGAUAGUUUUGUGUCUUUUUUCUUUGAGCCAUUCAUGUCAGGAUCCACCAAACCGAGGACAUACAAAGUGUGGAAAAGCUCAAAAAUCAAUCAAGUACUACUUUGACAAGAAGCUUGAAAUGUGUCUUCCGUUUCUCUACUCUGGAUGUGGUGGUAAUACAAAUCGUUUUGAUGAUUCCGAAAUGUGCAAUUUGAGAUGCCGAGCAGCAGAUAAAGGCAUAUGCGGUGGUGGCUCAAAAGCACUGGCAAACUGUUCGAACAGAAACAAAACGUGCCCAAAAGGAUCUAGAUGCAUCAUAAUGGCAUUUGGACUUGGAUUAUGUUGUGAUGAAAAAAUUCAAGAAGCAUGGCGACAAGAAAAUCAUCCAGUUUGUAAUAUUCCAAAUCAUGAAGUCGUCACUGAAACAGCUUGGUACGGGGAACAAGAACUUCUUGGAAGGCACUGUGGCCACAAAUUCUGUCCGAUUGGCUCAAAAUGUGUUGAAGGCAGAUGGCUGGCCCAUUGCUGCAGACCGAUCAUAAAAGCCGCUAAUUCAUAGAUUCGUGGCGUCCCGGAGAGUUCAUUUUUAUGUGUUGCUCUUCGCGCCCCUCUCCUCCCUUUGGCUUGAUUUUCACGAAUUUUUGUGAACUCUAUAUUUUUUUUCUAAACGUCUCUUGUUUGCAAAUGUGAUUUAUAUUUUUCGGGUCAUUCUAUUUCUCAAUCGAAUCAAUCAUUCAUACACAAUCAACACCGAAUCAAAGAGAAAGUGUUGCACGUGUAUGCGAAAAUUUUGGAGAUUGUUUUUCUAUGGAAGUGAUUAUUGUGAAUGGUCCGCCGACAUCUACCAAAAUGUGAAAAUAAUGCAUACACGUGCCCAACUUUCUUUAUUUGAUUCGAGUGUAGCUUAUUCAAU